UGCGCCCCUCCCUCCCUCUGACUCCCUCCCUCCCUCUGACUCCCAGCAUCACUGGCAGCUCGGUGAUGCCGACAUAAACCGGAGAAUAAAUUCACGGUUAACGAUCUUGAAAGGGGGCGUCGUUGUUUUUCUGAAUGGUUUAUCACGGUUCGGCUGCGCUCCGUUUGUAAGUACAGGCCUGUUAACGUGUCACAAGCUGCUCCUCGCGGGGCUGCUGCGAUUUAGAUAAGUAGGUGCGCAUCAGAUGCGGUGCGAUUGCACGUUUCCUUCGUGUUUUUUCGAGGCUUUCCAAGGGCAUCGGUGAGCGCCACGGUGCGGCAGCGGCGGCGGCGAUGAGCACGUCUGAUGGCUGCGCCGAGCAAGUGGGAGGGAACCUGUUUCUGCUUCUGUAGUCAGUGAGUUUUCAGAGUUAUCGGCCAUAUCCACGGCUCAGAGCACCCAUCGCGCUGUUAGCUCCUCGCUCGGUUUCACCGCUUGGCUUUAGGAUGCGACGUCAUGACUUGAUCGCGCCUGACAGAUGUUGCUGCGCUGCAGACGCACGGGUGUAGACAGAUCCUCCGCCCGUUCUCGCCGCUCCGGGGAUGCUCGCGUGAAAAAAACCGCUUCGUGCGAUAGAUGUUCAGUCCUCGCCGUGCGCUCGGGCCGACCGCGACGUUCGUUUAGUCUUCGGGAUUGCGUAAAAUGAUACCUGGAUCCGCCGCAUCAAUGCUACCGUCUGCAGAAGCUGCGAAAUUGUACCAGACCAAUUACGUCCGCAACUCCCGUGUCAUCGGACUUUUAUGGGCCAUCUUCACCAUCCUGUUCGGCAUCGUUAACGUGACCAUCUUCUCGCAGCCCUAUUGGAUCGGGGAUGGCGUGGACACGCCGCAGGCUGGCUACUUCGGCCUUUUCCACUAUUGCGUCGGAGACGGACUCUCCAGGGAGCUGGCCUGCCAGGGCAGCUUCACUGAGUUCGCCGCUAUCCCCUCCGGUGCGUUCAAGGCCGCCUCCUUCUUCAUUGGAAUGUCCAUGAUGCUGGUGGUCACCUGCAUCGGCUGCUUCAGCCUCUUCUUCCUGCUGAGCACCUCCACCGUGUACAAGAUCUGUGGCUGGAUGCAGGCAUUGUCAGGAGUCUGCCUGGUGCUCGGCUGCAUGAUCUACCCUGAUGGCUGGGACAGUGACGAGGUCCGGCGGAUGUGCGGAGAGCAGACGGACAAAUACAGCCUGGGAGCUUGCUCAGUGCGCUGGGCAUACAUCUUGGCCAUCAUGGGCAUCCUGGAUGCUCUCAUUCUCUCCUUCCUGGCCUUCGUCCUGGGGAACCGGCAGGAUGGACUCAUGACAGAGGAGUUGCUGGCUGAGAGCAAGGAGGGAGGCAACGCCUAACCAAAUCUUUCGGUUCCUGAAUUUCCAUGUGUCCGUUUUCAUGAAGCCCCAAAACAUCAUCUUAAAGGAGGGAGUCAAAUUAAGGUCUCUUAAAGAGAGGAACAUGAUGGAUCCAGCCAGCCUGCCUGUCACAUCUACCUGCCAAAAGCCCAGCGUAACCUUCCCCUUGAAGUCCAUCCAUCUUGCUUGCAAUCCCUAAACCACCAUCCCCAGCACUUAGAUGGAGCCCAAUGCACUUUUACCCCAGUGUGUCUACAGAGCUGACCCUCGCACAACAUCACAUAGACCCACGACGGGGCAGAGACUGUUAUCCUAUUAAGACGUAUAUGGACUACCCACUACCUACCUAAGAAGGCACAGGGUUGACAUUGUACACCUGCAGUACGAGCACAGACACAAACACACAUACACACACAUGCACAAACACAACUCCGUUACACGUGCACGUACAGUACAUACACCAACAAACUCUGUAAUUACAAGUAUUAUACUAUGUUAACACUUAGCCGUGUGUACCACCGUCAGAAUGUGUGUGUGUCAUGUUUUAUUUGUGAAAAGAGAAAACGGCUCAUUUUCAGAUAAUUGAUGUAAAUCUAUUGUGUUUCAUAUUGUAAGGUUUGACAAUGAAAUGAAAGUUUUAGUUUCUUCUUCUUUGCUCAUAUGCCCCUUUGUUCCUCUUCAUUUACUAGAAAAAAAGACAUUUAAGACUGUUUUAUAAGAAUAUUAUCAUCCAAAAGAAAGAAAAAACUUGUAUUACAAAGUAUGUACAGUGAAUAUUAAAGAUGUUCUAAGAA